CAAAAACGAAAAAGGCCCUAAACAUACGUACCGAGUUACUCUCAGCCCUCUCUGAGUCUCAAUCCCUUCUUCGUGCCCCCUGCUCAGCCACCAUCACCAGCCUCAAUCAAUCUUCUUCUCCGUGCCGGCGCUGCACUGGUCGACUUCUUCUUCUCGCGCUGCUCUCCUCUCCUCUCCGUGCUGCUCGCGACUCAGUCCGAAGCUCAGUCACCCCGCCGCCAGCCCCUCCGCCACCUCAGCUCAGCUGCCCCUUCCCCUGUUCUCAAGCUCAUCUCAGUUUCAGUCUCAUUCCCCUCGCGCCUCCCCUCAACACUCAUCCUCGAGGGCCGCUUCCAGCUGCUCACCAUCCUCGCCAGCUAGUUUCUCGUCCCCUCGACUCUUACCGUCCUCUGUGCUGGAAUUACGAUUGGACUGCUCCCUCUGGCAUUAGGGGAAAAUUUUUCAGUAUCAGUUCCAUUUCGCAUUGAGAAGAAGAAAUCUCACCUGUGAUCUCUGCAGUUGCUGCUAGUUUCCUUCAGUGACUUCAACUGUUCAAAGAUAUUCUUCUUCUUGUUCAGGGAUUUUGGACUAUUUCUGCUUCCCUUCUGUCUGUGCCCCUUCAACCUGGCUCAAUAUUCUGUUAAGGUUCACUUUUUCAAAUUUGCAGCAGUGGAAAAAGUGUGAAAGUCCGAUGUAAUCACUGCCUGCCUGCAUGUGCUGCACCCUUUUUGUCUCAGCUUGACACUUCACCUUCAUCUCCUUCUUGCUACAUAACUUUAUAUUUUAGUAGAUAGCAACUGCAGGCUGUCCAUCGGUAACCAAAUUGAUCCAAAGCAGCUAUGUUAGCAUCUCUCCCCAAUCAAUGUUUUCUUUCCUCUCUAAACCCAUUCUCCAUCGACAUUGUCUUCUUCUGUUUCCACUUCCUCGCCACAGAUCCAUUCACCACACUUCCCAACUUCAAUGGAAGCUUCGAGAAGAAUACAACCUCCCCUACCCAGAGCUCCUUGACCGCAUUUCCCACCUCCUCCUCCUCGGCCGCCCCCACGCCCUCUCCCGCCUCUCAUUCCAAUUCUCCGACCACCUCACUGAUGCCCUCCUCCGCCGCCUACGCCUCCACCCCUCUGCCUGCCUCGAAUUCUUCCAAAUUGCCGACAACCACCAGACCUAUGGCCCUCACUUCAAGUCCUACUGUCUCAUUGCCCAUAUUCUUGCCCGAGCCAGAAUGUACCCCGAAACGCGGUCAUUUCUGCACAAGCUUGUAUCUCUAUAUUGCAAGAACAAUUACUGGACGUUCGCAGUUUGGGAUGAGAUAGUUGCCGUUUACCGGGAAUUUAGGUUUUCGCCUGUGGUUUUUGACAUGAUUCUUAAGGUUUUUACGGAGAAAGGGAUGACUAAGGCUGCACUCCAUGUGUUUGAUGAAAUGGGAAGGUUGGGUAGGACCCCGAGUUUGAGGUCCUGCAAUUUCUUGCUGGGCAAGUUGGUUAGUACCAAUGAAGGAAGCAUUGCUUUGAUGGUUUUCGAGCAGAUUGAGAGGAUGGGGAUUGUGCCAGAUGUGUACAUGUGUAGUAUUGUUGUGAAUGCGCAUUGUUGCGAGGGAAAGCUUGAUCGGGCUGUAGAGUUUGUGGAGAAGAUGGAAAGGAUGGGAUUUGAGACUAAUGUUGUGACCUACAAUGCUUUAGUUAAUGGGUAUGUUAAUGUGGGGGAUGUAGAAGGUGCUGAAAGGGUGAUUGGUUUGAUGUUGGAAAAAGGGAUUUUGAGGAAUGUGGUUUCUUGUACAUUGUUGAUGAAAGGUUAUUGUAAGAAAUUUAGGUUGGAAGAAGCAGAAAGGGUGCUUCGUGAUGUGGAGGAGGAUGAGAUGCUGGUUGUGGAUGAACGUGUUUACGGUGUUCUUGUGGAUGGGUAUUGUCAGGUGGGAAAAAUGGAUGAUGCUGUUAGGAUUCGAGAUGAGAUGUUGAGGGCUGGAUUGAAAAUGAAUAUUUUUGUCUGUAAUUCUUUGAUUAAUGGGUAUUGUAAGCACAGCCAGGUUUGCAAAGCUGAGGAAGUGUUCAGGAAUAUGUCAUGUUGGAAUUUGAGGCCAGAUUCUUAUAGCUAUAAUACAUUGUUAGAUGGAUACUGCAGAGAAGGGGAAAUAAGUAAAGCAUUUAUGUUCUGUGAAGAGAUGUUGCGUGAAGGUAUUAGUGCAUCGGUUGUGACCUACAAUACUGUUCUGAAGGGAUUGGUUCGUGUGGGUUUAUAUGACGAUGCUUUGUGCCUUUGGAAUUCAAUGAUACAAAGAGGUGUGGCUCCCAAUGAGGUCAGCUACUGUACACUUCUUGAUUGCUUUCUCAAAAUGAGAGACUUGGAGAGGUCUAUGAGGGUGUGGAAAGAAAUUUUAGGCAGGGGAUUCACUAAAAGCACAGUUGCAUUCAAUACGAUGAUUAAUGGAUUAUGUAAGAUGGGGAAAAUGGUUGAAGCAGUGGCUAUUUUAAUUAGGAUGGAGGAACUUGGAUGUUUACCAGAUGAAAUAACAUAUAGGACCCUGAGUGAUGGCUAUUGUAAAAGUGGUAAUAUUCUUGAAGCAUUUAGAAUUAAAGCUGUAAUGGAAAGACAAGCAAUUUCUCCGUCCAUCGAAAUGUACAAUUCCCUUAUUGAUGGACUUUUUAAGUCUAAGAAGUCUAACGAUGUCGCUAAUCUCCUUGUUGAGAUGCAAACAAUUGGAUUAUCACCAAAUGCUGUUACCUAUGGAAGCCUAAUUUCUGGAUGGUGUGACGAGGGGAAGCUAGAUAAAGCUUUUAAUUUAUAUUCUGAGAUGAUUGAAAUGGGUUUCACGCCUAAUUUGGUGAUCUGUAGCAAAAUUGUUAGCAGCCUUUAUAAGUUUGACAGAAUCAACGAAGCAACUGUGAUUCUGGACAAAAUGGUGGAUUUUGAUCUUCUUACAAUUCAUAAUUGUUCUGAUAAGUUUGUUGAAAAUGACAUCAUAAGUCAAGAAGCUCGGAAAAUUGUCGAUUCCCUUGAUAAAAGUGAUAUGUGUAAUUCUCUUCCAAAUAACAUUAUGUACAACAUAGCUAUUGCAGGGCUUUGUAAAUCUGGGAAGGUUGAGGAAGCAAGAAGUUUUUUGUCAACAUGGUCAUCUAGAGGCUUUCUUCCUGAUAAUUUCACAUACUGCACCUUAAUUCAUGCUUAUUCCAUGGCUGGCAAUGUGGAUGAUGCUUUCAACUUAAGGGAUGAGAUGCUGGGAAGAGGGAUUAUUCCAAAUAUCACUACAUACAAUGCACUAAUAAAUGGUUUGUGCAAAUUAGGAAAUAUGGGUCGAGCGCAUAGACUUUUUGCUAAACUUCAUCGCAAGGGCUUAGUUCCUAAUGCUGUUACCUAUAACAUACUAAUCGGUGGUUACUGUAGAAUUGGUGAUCUUAAUGAAGCCUCUAAAUUGAGAGAGAAGAUGGCAGAAGAAGGGAUUUCUUGAAUCCAUACACUGCUGUUGCUUCUGGAUCAAGCUCUUCUGGUAGAUCUUAAGCAAAUUCUUCCCUGAUGCUUAAAUUUUGACGAGUUAUAAGCACCAGUCUUAAUACUACACAUCUACAACCAUGUGCUGAUGCAUCAGUUUCAAUCCAAGUCAAAAUUCCUAUUUGCAGAUGAUUUCAGGUUCAUAAUAGCCCCAUGGGGUUGAAUGUAGAGUUUCAUUCUUUUUGUUAAGGAAUGCUAGAUGUGUUAUAUAAUUUUGGUUUCUAUUACAAUGAUGCUUUUUUCUGGA